CCCGGCCGGCGAGAGCGCUGCGGGCCGCUGGAGGAGGGAGCCCGGCCCGGACCCUGCAGGCGCAGGCGGCGCGGGACAGCACAGAGCCGUGGCCCCCGCCGACUGUUCAUGGCACGGGCUGUGAGAGGCUGCUCGCUGGCGCCUGUGUUUAUAACCCUGUGGCUGUUGAUCGAGGCUCAGAUAGACGUGUGCAAGCUCGGCCACGUCACCGUGACCCCGGCCCGCGUCGUGGCUAUCGGCUCGGCCGUCGACAUCGCGUGCGCCCUGAAGCCCGGGCAGGGCUGCCAGCCCCGCUCCAGCCGCCGCAGCCAGCUGAUCCUCUACCGGGCCAACAGGGAAGUCGCCGCCCAGCGUGGCCAGACCCUCAGCACCCACGUCUCGGACCUGCCCCCGGGCACAACCCUGUUUGUCUGCAAGCUGGCCUGCGCAGGAGGCCCCCGGGUCCGGGUGUGCGGCGUCGAGAUCUCCGUGGGCGCCGCGCCAGAGCCACCUGGAAACAUGUCCUGUGUGCAGGAGGGACAGCGUGGAACCGUGGCCUGCUCCUGGGACCCAGGCCGCACCACCCACCUGUACAACAACUACACGCUAUUGCUAGAGGGACCGAAGAAUUUCACUUGGCGGAAGCAUUGCGGUAAUUACUGUCAUCACUUGGACCUUGGAAUCAACCUCACCCGGGAGCAGCUUGAAUCCAGGUUCACAGCCCAGGUCACUGUCGCCAACCGCCUGGGGCAAGCGUCCUCGGCUCCAUUCACGUUCACCCUCCUGGACAUAGCGAAGCCACUUCCUCCGUGCAACGUCCAGGUCCAGUUCCUGAACAGCUCUGGCAGCCGCUGCAGCCUGCGCUGGAGUGAUGAGGCCUGGGUACUGCUGAACCGGCUCCGGUACCGGCCCCAGGGCAGCGCAGAUUGGAGGACGGUCAACGUGACUGAUGCCAGGGGGAGGCAGGACCUGCUGCACCUGGAGCCCUUCACGGAGUACGAAUUCCAGGUGUCCUCCAGGCCGCAUCUUUCCCGGGGCGGCUGGAGCAGUUGGAGCGAGCCCCUGCGAGUGCACACACCGGAGGAAAAGCCCUCGGGGAUGCUGGACGUGUGGUUCCGGAGCUGGCGCUUGGGCGAUGACCAGCGUGUCUCCCUGUUCUGGAAGAGCCUGGACGUAGUGGAUGCAAGAGGGAAGAUCCUGCACUACCAGGUGACUCUGCAGGAGACGACGCCGACAGGCACGGCCGCGCUGCACAACACCACAGGAGGCACCUCCUGGACCUGGGUCAUCCCCAGCACCGGGACGUGGGCUGCAGCUGUGUCCGCGGUCAACUCCAAAGGAAGCUCCCGGCCCACACGCGUGGCCCUAGUGGACCUGUGCAGCGCAGGGUCGCUGGCGCCCCGUGAACUCUCCACGCGCACGCAAGCUGGGGACGACAUCGCGGUGAGCUGGCAGCCUCCCACGCAUGGCCCCGCAGUGCAGCAGUACGUGGUGGAGUGGACGAUGCUGGCCGCGCAUGAUCUUCAGGCCGCCCCAGGCUGGCUGCGGCUCCCCUCCUCCAACAGGUCCGCGGUCAUCUCAGAGAACAUAGAGCCCUACGUGUGCUACGAAGUCCGCGUGUUCGCACUGUCGGGGGACCAAGGCGGGUGCAGCUCUGUCCUGGGCAACUCCAAGCACAGAGUACCGCUAAGCGGCCCCCGCAUCGAGGCCGUUGUGGAGGACAAGGGGCGUGUCCUGGUGUCCUGGAGCCCCAGCCCAGCCCCGGAGCAGGUGGGCUGCAUCCUGCACCUCCGGAUAUACUGGCGGGAACAGGACUCCAGCGCCCCCCUGGGGCUCCGGGAGGUGGCCCCCAGACUUGCCCAGAAUUCAUACCCACUCUCGGGCCUGCAGCAUGGGGUGACCUACAUGCUGUGGAUGACCGCAGUGACAGCUGCCGGUGAGGGUCCCCCAGGAAACCAAAGGGAAUUUCGCCUUCAGGGGAGAGCCAGCUGGAGCGCCAUCCUGAUCCCCAGCGCCUGCAUGGCUGUCCUCACCGUGGGCGUCUUCUCCACGCGCUACUUCCGGCAAAAGGUGCUUGUUCUGCUGUCGGCCCUCCAGGCGCAGUGGUGGGACCCAGGGAUCCCGGACCCCGCGAACAGCACCUGGGCCAGGAGCUUCCUGCUGGAGGAGGAGAGGUCGCCGCUGCCAGUGGACAGGGUGAAGGCAGCUGUCUGCCCACUGGAGGAGCCCGAGCCCCUGGUCAUCAAUGAGGUCCUGCACAGCUGGCCCAGGCGGGUCCAGGAAGACAGAGGCCACUUGGUGCGCACGGAGGAGCUGGGGGGUGGAGGCUGCAGCCCGCCCCCCACGGGCGCCCUGUACAAGGUGCUGGAGGCCCGGGGCAUGGGCCCAGCGCAGGGGGUGCCGCUCCCAGGCCCUGAUGGCUACCUGCCCACCAGCCCGGGCGACAAGGCCACUGGCGGAACCCUGUUGCCCCUCCCAGAGCCCUCAGAAGAGCUGACGCCGCAGCGCAUCACCCUCUCUGUCUUCACAACUGGCUCCCUGCCUCCACUAGGCAAGACCUGUGGCCCCAGGCUGACCCUGGACCAGCUGAGGAUGGGCUGUGACUCACCAGUGCUCUGAGCCUGCGAGGUCACAAGUCCUGGGUGGGCAGCCAGUACAGACAUCAGCUCAGCCUGUGGACCUUGUCAGAGCCCUCUUGGCAGCCUUCACUACACAAAGAGAAAACCACAAGGAGAUGGGCUGGCCCCACAUCACACGCCUUGGUCCUGCCUCAGUCUCCUGAGCACUGGGGUUGCAGGCAGGUGGCCCCACUCUCGACCACUGUCGCGCAUGUGUACGGGGGUGGGACGGAACCAGCCUGAGCCUGGGAGGCAAGCACUGCACGCAGCGGUUGUCCCGUCACAGCUCCAGAGGAGGAGCAGCCCUGCCCUCCUUGCUGGCCAAGACUGUAACAUGCUCCUGUGGAAGCCCCUUUUGUUGGGCUGGAAGGCAGGCAGCUGGAGCUGUCACACAGGCCUCUCUGCCCUGCGCACAGGGCCCCGGCCUGAGCUUGGAGUGGCUGCUGUGUACGAGCGGAGCUGCCAGUGCGCAUGCACGUGGCACCACACACAAACACCCUGCACACGUACGCACCCUGCGCUCGCACACAUGCCGUCCACCUGUGCCACCUCUGGGCCCCGUGCACCCUUCCCACCUUUUCUCCCUGUGCAGCCUAGAGGCUGUGUCCGCAGCGCUCGGCCUCCCUACCCCUCCGGGCAGACAUCUCUCCAGCCAGUGGGGCCCCAGGGAACAGCACUGCCAGGUGUCCUGAGGUUUGGAAAGAACCCUGCGCCAAGGUGGUGGCCCCAGGCCCCGGAUGAGCCCCAGGAAGAGCUGCUGCGGGCAGCAACAGCUCCUUCUGAGCUGCCCCACCCGGUGUCGCCAGCCUGCCCAGGGGCUCGGGGCAAGAGAGGCAUUGCGUGCUCACUGCCCCCGGCUCCUCUCCUGACCUGCUUUAGGGAUGGGGCAGCGGGACUCAGGGGCUCAUCCACCUGCACACAGAGCCGCUUCUAAGCAGUCCACAUUUUCUCCAGCAGCCACUGGUUCUCUCCCAGGUGAUGACCCUAAGCAGCACCAAGUCCAUGGCUCUUUGGCAAACCUCGCUGGCUGUCCCCUACCAGAGAUGCUGGCGCAGCUCUUCCAUCCAUAGGCAAUGGCACUUUCCUUAAGAGAACUGUUCCUUCCUGAAGACCUGUUUCCCAAAUCUUUCUCAUCCUCCCUCCCCCGAACCAAGACAAGGCUUUAUUGUGUCAUUCAGGCUGGCCUCAAAGUCAAAGUGACCUCCUGCCUCAGCCUCCCCAGUGCCGGGGUUACGGGUGUGUGCUGCCCAGAUACUUUACCGGCUGUGUAGCUCCAGCAGCCCUUUUCUGCUGUGGCUUCCGGGGCUAGCAUGUGCCUCACAUGGGCUGCCAGGGGCCAUAUAGCUGUUAAGGAAAAUGAGCUGCUGGAUGUCGUGACCAGCCGUGACCAGCGCCAGUCUUGGAGAUGGUGGUGACAGAGUAAAGCAGUGUGAGCCGCACCUGCUGUGCACCUGGAUCCCACCUGGUUAACAGCGAACAUGUGCUCUGGAAAGCGCCUGUGUAAUCCAGGUCUCCUGUGCACUGGCCCAAAGCUCCUCAGACUUCUGAGAUGCGCUCUUGCUGCGCAGCCCAGGCCGGCCGCUAGCAUGGUGAGCCUCCUGCCUCUGCCUCCCAAGUGCUGAGGUUACAGGUGUGCGUGCUGUGCUUGGCAAGAAGCUCCUAACAGACUUCGGCCGGUAAAGCCUUCAUGAAGACGUGAGACGUGCACCGACAGAGGGGAAUGCGGGAUGAAGCUGCAGCCCGAGCAUUCGGUCAGGUUCCCGAGCACCAAGUGCGCAGUUUCAAGCAGCUGUCCGCCAGCUCACUCUGCACGCAGGUGGAGACGAGGGAACCCAGCUCCUGCAGUGAGCGUCCCAGACGCCAGAAUGUGUACCGUCAUGACAAUGCCCUCGGCAGUCGGAUGUCAACAAAUCAACUUGAGUAAAACCACUUCCCAUGCAAUUUGAACAUAGAUCAGGAGCAGCUUGGUUGACUCACUCAAGGGAGAGGAACAGGCAUGGCUGACAGGCACUCCCCGGGGCCUGGCCACUUGGGUGGGGACAGAGGCAACUCUGCAGGCAAGGCAUGGAUGGGAGGCCUGGGGUCCAGGCUCCAGCGCGGCUGAGGAGCACACGGAACCCAGUGCACAGCCCUGGGGGUGCCUGGGAAGGGGAGGGCAGGGACAAUUCCCACACGAAUGACCUCACGUAGCUCCCAGGACAACUCGGAAUCCCUUCACUGCACUGCCUUGCUAGUGCACACCCUGAAAAGUAUCCUGUUUUCUUGCGGGAAACGUUAAGUGUGCAAAUAACCAAAAUGUGUAAGACACUGGGAAU